CAGAGGGUCAACGCUUUUUUAAUUUUUUUUUUAUUCCUGAUAAUCUCUCUGGACUUUCGUGUUAAAAGUUAAAAGGAUCCUUCGUUUUCAGACGCGGAUUAUUCAUUUAAAAUCCUUUUGCCUCUGUAAACCAAUAAAUUUGGUUUUCUCGUUCGCAUUGAAGAGGAAGAGGAAAAUCAAGCCUGUCAAGGAUGAUUUUCGCCCUUUUCCUCCUGAAUUUGUGAAGCGUGAGAGGGGGGAAGUGAGUAGAGAAGAAGAGCCACACACACACACGCCCGCGCGCAUCUUCCCAGGCUUCAGCAUUUGCCUUUUGACAGCAGAGGGUCUCACUGGAGCGAGAGAGAGAGAGAAAAGGAGCCUGUUAGUUUUGAACGAUGGCUGGAUGCUGCGUGUCGGCGGAGGACAGAGAGAACCAGAGGAUCAACGAGGAGAUUGAGAAGCAGCUGCGGAGAGACAAGAAGGACUCGCGCAGGGAGCUGAAACUGCUGCUGUUAGGUACUGGAGAGAGUGGAAAGAGCACCUUUAUCAAACAAAUGAGGAUUAUCCAUGGAGGAGGAUACACAGCUGAGGACAAGAAGAGCUACGCCAAACUGGUCUUCCAGAACAUAUACACGUCCAUGCAGACGAUGAUCCGAGCCAUGGAGACACUCAGCAUAUCUUUCUCUAGUCCUGAGAACCAGAGCCAUGCUAACUCAGUCCUGGAGGUGGAGGUGGAUAAGGUGGAGGAGUUAGAUCAAGGCCUUGCGAUGGCCAUCAAGAGUCUGUGGGAGGAUGGAGGAAUCCAGGAGUGCUACGACCGACGCAGGGAGUACCAGCUGUCCGACUCCACCAAAUACUAUCUCUCCGAUCUGGACCGAAUUUCACAGCCCUCAUAUUUACCUGAGAUUCAGGACAUCCUCAGAGUCCGCGUGCCAACCACGGGUAUCAUUGAAUACCCGUUUGACAUGGAGAAUGUCAUUUUCAGGAUGGUGGAUGUGGGGGGUCAGAGGUCAGAGCGGAGGAAGUGGAUCCACUGCUUUGAGAAUGUCACCUCCAUUAUCUUCCUGGUGGCACUCAGUGAAUACGACCAGGUCCUCGCUGAGUGUGACAACGAGAACCGUAUGGAGGAGAGCAAGGCUCUGUUCAAGACCAUCAUCACCUACCCCUGGUUCCAGCGCUCCUCUAUCAUACUUUUCCUCAACAAGACCGACAUUCUCCAGGAGAAGAUCAUGUACUCUCACGUAUCCACCUACUUCCCUGAAUUUACAGGACCUCAGCAGGAUCCUGUAGCAGCUCAAGAAUUCAUCCUGAAAAUGUACCAAGAACAAAACCCAGACAAGGACAAGACGCUGUACCCUCACUUCACCUGCGCCACAGACACGGAAAAUAUCCGCUUUGUCUUUGUGGCCGUCAAAGACACCAUCCUCAGACACAACCUGAAGGAGUUUAAUCUGGUGUAAGAGGACAGGGGAGGAGACUUAAGGGAUACAGCAGGACAGAAGGAAAGUCAUGAGGAGAGCCAAAAUAAGAGAAUCACAUCUUUUGUGCCUAUAAAAAACCAGCCAAAGAGAAUAUGAACAUGUUGUAACAGACAUACUCAAACUACUAGUCUUUACUGUAUAUAUGCUGAUAUGCUGCGAAUACUUUCCUGUAGAAGAGAAAAUUAGUGGAAAAUCAUAUCAUAGACCCAUUGUGUGGACUAGUUAUUUUAUUCUUUCUUAGAUCCUAUAUUUGUGUAUUUUUGAGUGCUUGAUACAUGUACAAUAGCUGGUAAGAGUUCCCUUUAGCCUUGAUUUAAUAUUGUGUAGAAAUGUUUUUUUUUCCUUUUCCUUUCUUCUAACAGAGCCACCUGUGUUUGCUUUUGCCUGCACAUGCCUUAUUUACUCAGGAUAGUCAGCAGAACCACUGGUCUGAUCUUGUUUUAGAUGUGAAUAAUCUGUUGUGCUUUGAAAAACCUUACUUGACUGUUUCUUCUCAGGAGAGAUGGAGAUUAUAUUUAUGUGAUGUAAGUUUCAAUAAGCAAUUAUAGUUAUUUAAGAAAGGGUGCAAUUUGUAUGUUUGAGAUUUUUGGGGUACAUGAAAUAA